UGCUAAUGCUAGCUAGAAUUAGCUAACGUAACAUCAGCUAACAUAACUAAUGAUGGUGACGUUGCCAAAGGCUUGUUAAAAUAGCCAUUUGGAUGUUGAUGCUUGGAAGUAGUGACGUUUAACAGCUUCGGUGGUGCCUGUUGUUUGUGAGCUAGGCUUGAAAUCCUCGCUACCAAGACAUUGCCAGAGGUGAGAAAGAAGGAUGAAACAGUAGUGUGGUAUCCAUGGACCAUCAACAACAAGUAUUACACAGCAGAUGUCAGCUUGUGUGUUGUACCAAGCACUUUCCAAAUGUCUUCAGAGAUUGCACAAACCAUGCAGGCUUUCAUUGCCUAUGUUAAUAGCACUAAGAAAGAUGGUCUGGAAAAGCUUCGUCCGUGGAUAUCAGUGGUGGAAGACAUUGCUCCAGAGGUGCUCAUUCUAGUGUGUGACAGAGUUUGUGAAGAUGGUCUCACCAGACAUGAAGCACAGCAGUGGUGUUUGGGGCACAGCUUUGAGCUGGUGGAGCUCAAUCCUCAGGAGUUGCCUGAUGAAGAUGAUGACUUUCCAGAAUCCACAGGAGUAAAGAGAAUUGUCCAGGCUCUCAAUGCUAAUGUGUGGUCAACUGUGGAGAUGAAGGAUGGACACAAUCAGGGCUUUGGUCUCAUGAGUAGUUUGGUGGCUGCUAGACACAACAACCCUCGUAACUGUCAAGAGCCGCAAUCUUCCAGUCUGCCAGCAGAGGGCACUUUUGUUAAUGAAGUGGCUCACCAUACAGAGAGAACCAACUCCACAGAUAAUACAGUUGUCGAUGCAAUGACAAAUUUGGAUAUUCAGGAGCUUGCAAAUCUCACUGCUGGAGAUGCAGAUGUGGAUAACUUUGAGCGCCUCUUCACCAAAUUAAAAGAGAUGAAAGACAAAGCAUCAUCAUUACCCCACGAGCAGAGAAAGGUUCAUGCAGAGAAGGUAGCAAAAGCUUUUUGGACGGCCAUCGGUGGUGAUGAUGAUGAGAUAGACGGGCUAUCAUCAGGUGAAGAAAGCUAACAGAAGUGUUCCCCAGUCAACAUAUCUUGUACCUGUCCUGGCUUUCCUGCAAGAUCCAGCGCCCACCUUGAAUGGAUGCUUAAACUUUUAAAGCAGACAUGCUCAUGGACUGCACUGUAGGCAGGUCGUUGUCCUUCAAAAACAUUGGAUUAGCAGACGCAUAUCCUGUCAGGGAGAGAGAGGCAAUAAAUGGACCCCCAGACGUGGGUCAUCCAGUGAAAAUCAACAGGUGAUACUGUAGAUUACAGUGGUUUGAUUUGUAAGAUUUAGUAUAUUUUAAGUGACAUGGCAUGCCUUACGUUAAGCUUAAUGCUCAAAUUAUGAACAUUCUGUUGAGUCAACAUAAAGAUGUCUCCUUUGAGUGACAAUUUUUUCAUAUUAAGUAUUGCUGUAUUGCCCCCAUCUUAACUUUUCUUUUAAGACAGAAAAAGUAAACUUUUUUUUUUCCAUCAUAGUAUCAACAUCAGUGAAAUAAUUGGUACAGUAUAUGACAAUAAUGAUAUAGUAUAUUUCUUUGCUGCUUGAAAGUGCUAAUUUGACCAACCUUUGAGGCAUCUUUUCCAGUGGUGUUGCAGCUGCAUCUCUCCAUGUCACUCGGGUGUGUGAGUGACAGGAAAAGGCUCCGCAUUGCUUGGGGACUCCAUUGGCACUACCUGUUGAUUUGCAUGUAUAAAUGUAUGCGCUUGGUGAAUUGUAAAGACGGUAGUAUUGUUGUCUCUUUACAUUUAUUUUUACUAUGAGACGUUGGCAUAACAAAACAGGCCAUUUAGAUCAAAUAGUAUUUGACCCUGUGAACAAAGAAUGUACAUUUACAUGGAAAAAAAGACAUCCAAGCAAGACCACAAGAACAUACAAAGCUCUACCAACUAACUAAUGCACUCUCGUGCGCUGCAUUUCAGUGACUGCUUUAAAUAGAUUAGGUUGGGACGACUGGAAGUGCAUGAAUGCUAACAUGGCAAAGACAAUGUCUAAAGACAGCCAGCAUAUAACACAUACUUGUAGCAUUGAACAAACAAUACUGGACACACACAGCACUAGAACUGAAGCUGUACACCAAUCAACACAGGAAACUGGAAGUGCAUCAUCCACCCACAUGGAGCAUAUUGGCCACUGGUUGGUGCUAUGAGAUAAGACAUUUGUGUUUCAUCCAAACAUGCCGCAGCAUCAGUGUAGUACUAUGCAACAAUACUAGCAAGUGCAAUGAUCCUACAGUAUGUGUUAGACUUCAGGACCGGUUAACCAAGAAAGGACAAGAAGAAAGCAGGCUGAGUCUUACUGUCCACUAUUUCAUUCAAUGCAGAACUACAAGAAAUCACAAGCUAUAAAUAGUUAUGUACAAUCAUAGUGAGGCAAUAAUAAAAAUAUAUUUCCAUAUAGGACAGUAUGCAAAAAUAACUUAUAAAAUGUGUUUUUCAUUGAGCAAAAUAGUUAUCCAUACAAGGAUUAUUUUUCCAAGAAAUGGUGGUGCUUAUGUUUGUUCUCUUGUUUAAAAUAGAUAAAACACCAAUUAAGUAACUAACUCAUUAAUAUGAUGAAAUAAUUGUGGGCAAAGUACCUUGUACUUAAGACUAUUUUAAACAUUUUAAUAACAUUGAUCAUGGUAUUUUUUCUGCUUAAAUAGGAGUGGACGAUAAAUAUCAGCCCGAUAACUAUUGGGUCGAUACGAGGUCAUACCGAUAAAUCCAAUAACAUUGAAAAAAAAAUAGCUCUGAUAACCGCUAAUUAAAAAAAAAUGCUCACAUGAAGCAAGAAUACCCAUACUGUGAUGUAGGGUGAGCAAAUCAAUCGCUCCUUUCUCCUGUGUGUGAUGUUCUGUAAACAGUUUGUAAACAAACAUGGCUUCGAUCGUGUGGGACAUCCCCACUCGCGUGUUGCAUCAAACGCUUCACAAAAACCAAACGCCACCAGCGCCCUGAAAGCCCACAAAGACGCCUGCGCCACAAAAAAGCUUCCAUAAAGCAAAAAAAAAAACAAAACAAAAAAACCGCCCCCCCAACAACCCAGCAAACCAUUCUGAUCCACGAUUUGUACUUCUGAGUUGCUGCUAUUUGUUUCGUUUUGUUAAUUGUAGAGAUGCCAUGAUAAAUUUCGUCAGCACUAAUCUACGGCUACAGUUUGUCAAAUCCAACUUUGAGUUAUUCUUGCCUCCAGGCGUUAAACCACAGCGAAAAAAAAAAAGUUAUCAGUAUCUGCUUGAAAAAAAAUACCGUGCAUUCUUAUAAACCUCAAUUUAAUGAUUUAUAAAGAGUAGUACUGGGACAUAAACACCAGUUGUACUGUUAAUUCAACAUGUUUUAAAAUAUGGUCCAUUAGCAGGAAUACUAUUGUCAACCUGGGAAACUCAAAAUUUAGGGGGUUUGGAUCUAGUUCCAAAACUUUUAGAAAUAAGUUUUAUUUUUGUAUUUGGGGAUUGUAUUACCUGAGAAAUUGAUGCAAAUGUAAGAAAAAAAGUUAAAAUAAAUUGCCUCAAUCUACUCCUCUUAGUUGAAUGGUCUUGUUUCGUGGAGAUAGUCAAUGUCCUGACAAGGCUCUUGCAAUGUAUGGGUAUUUAUGAAGAAACAGAAAGGCAGAGUGUAUAUGUGAAACCUGCAGAUAACCUGUGGCUGUGCACGGAACACUCAGAACAUCACAAGGGGACACGACAGUGCACAAGCAAAGUGUGUGAGGUUAAAAUGUUACAGCAAGGAA